AUGGCCUGCGACGGGUCGUGCGCGGCGUGCGCCAGUGCCACGUCGUGCGCCGUCUGCCAGCCGGGGCUGGUGUUCCUCGCGGCGGAUGAACAGGUGGCGUCCCUGUGCGGGAGCGUCUGCCUGCCGGGGCAGUAUGUCGGGGCUGGCCGGUGCGCCGAGUGCGAUGCCUCGUGCGAGCUGUGCGCCGGCGGUGCGGCAUCGUGCACGGUCUGCGCCGAAGGCUUCGGCUGGGCGAGCCCGCCGGGCCCCGGGAGCACGGGGGCCUGCGUCCCCUGCGACCCGGGGUGUGUGUCCUGCACGGCGGACCACUGUCUGGCCUGCGGGCCGGGGCUACUGCUGACACAUGGUGGCAGCUGCGUGGCCUCCUGCCCGGCUGGGUGGUGGCCCGACGGCGAGUCGUGCCAGCCGUGCGAUGUCAGCUGCGGCACCUGCACCGGCGGCGAUGCCGACCAGUGCACCGGGUGCGGCGCCGGGCUGGAUCUCGUGGAGGCCGGCCCCGGCGUGGGGGCCUGUGUGUCCGGCUGCCCGGAGGGCGAGUACCGGGACCUUGGGUCGAUGUCGUGUCGGGCCUGCGACGCGGCGUGCGCCACGUGCAACGGCCCGACCGACCGGGACUGCUGGCGGUGCAAGGAUGCCCUGCUGCAGGAUGGCGACUGUGUGCAGGCCUGCGCCGCCAGGCAUGUGGCCCUUGCCGGGCGGUGCCUGCCCUGCCAUGUGUCGUGCAGCGCGUGCACCGGGGUCCGGAGCACCGAGUGCAGUGCCUGCAUCGACGACCUGCUGGCCCUGCCGGCCGGGCAGACCCCGACGCGCUGCAUGGCCGCCUGCCCGACCGGGUACAAUGCCUCGGCCGGCGGGUGCGCCGCCUGCCCGGAGCACUGCGCCAGCUGCCCCGAGUCGAGCGCCGUGUGCGGCCUGUGCGAGCGUGGGUGGCUGCUGGCCCGGCCGGAGUGCGUGGCCACCUGUCCGGGCGGAACCAUGUCACAGGGGCCCCUUUGCAUUGCCUGCCAUGCAUCGUGUGCGACCUGCUUCGGCUCGGGCCCGGAGCAGUGCCUAACGUGCGCGCCGGAUGCUCCGCUGAUGGGGGGCAGCCGUUGCUUCGCCACCUGCCCGGCGGGCACCUACCACGCCGGGGGGCUUUGCCUCCCGUGUGGGCCUACCUGUGCCUCGUGCUCGGGCCCGAUGGGGGACCAGUGCACCGCCUGUGCCGGGGAUCGGCUUCUGCUCGGUGGCGAGUGUCUGCUCGCCUGCCCGGGGGCCUACUUCCCGGAGGCUGGGCUCUGUGUCGAGUGUGAUGCGGACUGCGCCACGUGCCAGGCCCAGGGCACCUGUACCAGUUGCCGCGAGCAGGGCAUGCUGCAGCCGGGCGGGACCUGCGGCAUUGGCUGCCCCGGUGGCUGGGGCGCCUGUGCCAGCUCCGGCCGGUGCGUGGCCUGCUCGGCGCACUGCGCGCAGUGCGACGCGACCGGGCCAUCGUGCGACGUCACCUGCGCCGUUUGUGAGGCCGGCUUCGCCCUGUCGUCCGGGGCCUGCCAGGCCUCCUGCCCGAGCGGGGAGUUCGCCGCGCCGGGAUCCGGCAUCUGCCAGCCGUGUGGCGGCGCCUGCCGGAGCUGCUUCGGCGCGGCGGACCACUGCACGAGCUGCAACGGUGGCCUCCUGCACCCGGGCGUGGGCAUCUGCGCGUCGGCCUGCGCCGGGGCGUCGGCCCCGGUGGCCGGCGUCUGCCUGAGCUGCUUCGCCGGGUGCGAGCAGUGCGAGGCCGGGCCCGGCCAGUCGGAGUGCACGAUCCAGGCCGAUGGCCAGCUGGUCUGCCCGACCGUUCGGACCUGCAAGCGGUGUGUCUCGGGGAUGCUCCUGGUGGAUGGCACCUCGUGCGUGGAAGUCUGCCCGGAUGGCUAUUUCGCGGAUGCCGAUGCGGAGGGCUGGUGUCGGUCUUGCCAUGCGAGCUGCCGCGGGUCGUGCACCGGGCCCGAGGCGGGUGACUGCGAUCGGUCGCCGAGGUCCAAGUCCUCGCGCAUUGGCCUGGCCGUGGGCCUGUCGCUGGGCCUGCUGCUGCUGCUGAUCCUGCUGGUGCUGCUGGUGCUGUUCCUCGUGCGCCGGCGCCGGGAGCAGGCCAUCGGGAAGGCGCCGGCCGACGACGAGGACGCCACCAUGUUGAACACCAUCGUGGAGCUGGCCCUGCCCGGGGCCAUCCUGGUGGAUGUGGCCGUGGACUUCCGGGCGCUGGACGAGACCCUCGGCGCCGGGACCCAAGCGAGCGUCUAUGCGGCGCAGUCGGUCGGGGCCGGGAUCGCGGCCCGGCUGGGCUGCCCGGAGGUGGUGGCUGUGAAGAGGAUGAAGGCCGAGGCCAUGCAGCCGGUGCACCAUGCCAUGUUCCAGAACGAGGUGGCGCUGAUGUGGCUGCUGCGCGAGCACGGCCACAUCGUCCGGCUGUUCGGGUACAGCCACCAGCCGCCGGCCAUCGUGAUGGAGCGCUUCGACAGCGACCUGGCCACGCUGCUGCACUCGGAGGUGCAACUGUCGGCCACCCAGCUGGCGGACAUCUGCCAGCAGUGGGCCGCCGGGCUGGAGGCCAUGCACGCGCAUGGGAUCGCCCACUGCGACCUGAAGCCGGGCAAUGUGUUUGUCAGCCAGACGGCUUCCUCGUGGCGCGCGGCCCUCGGGGACCUGGGCGCGUCCAAGAACCUGAGCGCCGACCGGUCGUCGGCCCUGCUGAAUGCCUUCCCGGAGCUGAAUGCCAUGUCGGUGCCGUAUGCCGGGCCGGAGGUCAUCCAAGCCUUCCAGCGGAGUGUGCCCCUGGACCGGGGGCACUUCUUCCCGGCCGAUGUGUACGCGGCAUCGGUCAUGCUCUACGAGUGUCUGACGCGCGCGGCCCCCUGGCCGGGCAUGAACAUCGGCGAGAUCAUGGCCGCGGUGCUUGGCGGCUCCCGGCCGGUGAUCAGUCCUCUGGCCGGCAGCGCCGCGGACCUGGUGCAGGCCGGCUGGCAGGAGGACCCCGGUCGGCGGCCGAGCACUGCGGCCUUCCGCCAGCGCUGUGCCGCUCUGUUUGUGGCCUCCGGCGGCCUGGCCGGCCCUUGA